AUGCUGAACCGGUGGGUAAUUGUGUACAUUGACGAUAUCCUCAUUUACUCGAACUUCCUGGAGGAACACAUCACCCAUGUCAGAGCUGUCCUUCAGCAUCUAAUCCAUCACCAACUCUACGCCAAAGCCGAGAAAUGUGAGUUCCAUCAAACUUCUGUGUCAUUCCUAGGCUACAUCAUCAGCUCAGAGGGGGUUGCCAUGGACAACAACAAGGUACGUGCAGUACUAAACUGGCCUCAACCCACUUCCGUGAAGGAGUUGCAAUGCUUCCUAGGGUUUGCCAAUUUCUACAGGUGCUUCAUCAGGGGUUUCAGUUCAGUCACUGCCCCACUGACAUCUAUAAUAAGGGAAGGGGGCACCAAGCUGUGUUGGUCUACAAUGACCAUCCAGGCCUUCAAGAACUUGAAGUUUCGCUUCAACUCCGCUCCCAUUCUGCAGCAUCCUGACCCCAAUACCCUGUUCACAGUGGAAGUAGAUGCCUCCAACACUGGAAUCCGUGCCAUACUCUCACAGUGA